CACGUUGAAGCGAAAUUUCGAAUUGUCAGCACGGCGCCUAUUUUCUAUUUCAAUUUUUAAUUGUUAAAAGUUAAUUAUUUGUCCAGAAUGUCGCACCUCAUGCCCCGGCGUACCAUCGAAUUCCGCGGCGAUUCGCUGGAAGAUCGUGGCACCGUGGAUAAACGGCAGUCUAGGAGCAACAAGCGCAGUGCAGUCACGGCCACUCCGUCGUCCGUCCAGGCGAAUCCUAGAAGACCCUCGGCGUCGCGUCUGCCGCUACCGUUGAGCUUGGAUCGGGAUCCGGCCAACCAAAUGGGCACGACGCCCAACCGAGGCCACCGAUUCGUGCCCUCGACCGCGGAACGCCCUGUUCCCCAGCACUCCGACAAGAAAUGGGUGGCGGAGCGGGCACAGCAGAUACUGGAGUACCUCAAUGCCGUCCAGCAUAACGAGAAGUCCUCGGGACUGGGGCUCAUCGCAGAUCUGUUUAACCGCGCCGGCGGUCUCCGGCACAUGACCAUCAAGCAGUUCGUGGCCAUCCUUAACUUCCUCUUCCAGCACAUCUGGCGCAACAAGGUGACCGUGGGCCAGAACCACGUCGAGGACAUCACUAGUGCCAUGCAGAAACUGCAAUAUCCCCAUCAGGUGAACAAAUCCUGGCUAGUGUCGCCAAAUACGCAGCAUUCCUUCGGCCACGUAAUCGUUCUGCUGGACUUUCUCAUGGACUUUGCGCCACCCUUGCGCGACGGGGAUGAGCCGUUCGAAGAGUUUCCAUUCAUGGAGACCACCGAGCACUGCGAAUCGAUGGUCACCAUGUCGACCACCCAGGUGCAGACCGUUCAGUUGGACGAGGAGGUCAACGCUCUGCUCUUCGCCGAGGCCAGCAAAUGCAUUACCCUGUGGGAUCAGGAGCUCUCCAAGGAGGAGGCCAUGCUGCAGGCCAAGACCAGCGAUGAGCUGAUCAGCCUGAAGUGCGGUUUGCCGGAUCGCCAAGAUCUCGACCAGAAGAUCGGCGAUCUGAGGGCAACGCUGCAGCAACUGGAUGACAAACUGCAGGAUGCCAGCGACGACAAGAAGCUGGAGAAACUGGAACGGCUUUGCAAUAAGCAGAAAAAGCUUGGCCAACAGCUGGCUGCCAGCGAGGAGGAGCUAAGCCAUCAGACGAACCUUUUGCGCCAGCUGACCGCCAAGAUCGAAGAAAAGCAGACCACGAUUAGGGAGCAAAUGAAGUACGAGCAGCGGCUGCGGGAGGCGGUGAACAAACAGAAGUACUCCGCCCAGCAGCUGAAGACGCUUCAAAUUGAGCUCAACGAUAUGGAAAACUACUCCAAGGCCUAUGAGCGACAGCUGAAGGAGGUGUCCGAUUUGGAGCUCCACCAGCAGGUGAUGGUGUCGCGGGCCAAGCAAAAGCAACUAGACGCCGUCGAGGCUUUCAACUCGCAUGCCCGCCACAUGGCCAUGACUUGCGGCCCCAAGAUCGCCGGCGGCGGGGUCGACCAGCAGUUGGAUUUAACGCUGCCCCUGAAUCCCAAGCUGGAGGAUAUCGCCGGGCGGGUACAAAGCCUUAAGUUGGUGGACAAUUUUCUUCAGCAGCAGCGCCAACAGAAUGUCGAGCGGCGUCAGAUGCUGGAACAGCAGGCCGACACGAUAAGGGACAAGACCCUUGAUCUCGACUACCAAAUCGCCGAUUUGGAGUCGCGUCUGCGCGCGAAGGAAAACAGCUUGACCAAAAUGGAGGCCGACUAUCGCGCCAAGCGCGAGAUGCAGCUGCAGCACCAGCAGCAGCUCCUGGAGGAUCAGCAAACUCAGAUCGCCCAGCUGAACGAGCUGGAGCAGGAUCAGGUCGAGGCGCAGGAACAACUAAAGAUCAGCGAGCAGAAGAACGAAGAUCUAAUCGCUGCCGCCGAAAAGUAUCAGAAGCAAGAUCACCAACUCCGCACCGCCGCCCUCGACGACUGCGAGCAGAAGCUGGCCGAGGCGGAGAAGGAACUGCAGACCCUGCGAUCCACGCUCUCUACGAGCCAGGCCAAACUGUCCGUUGCCCAGGAGCGGUUGCAAGCCGCCCCGCUUCCCUCCUUUGAGCCAGUGCUCGAGGCCAUCAGAAAGCGUUGAUGCAGUCAGUGACCACACGUUUGUUAUCCAUGUUAUCCAGUUGUAAAGGAUUUAUUAAAUACUCUGGUUUUGAUUUUUGCACAGUGAAGUGGAAGUAGUGUGUCCAUGUUUGGAUUAAGUAACAAAGAGGUUUCCUUGUCGUUCGCUCUCGCUGUUCUGCUCAGUUUUGUGAAAAGGCUGGUUACACUGUUCAAAAAAAAGGGAAUGUAUAUUGCAUUAAGUGUUCAAAUUAUUAUAAUAUUAUAAUAU